GGGUGAACUUAUACAGUAUUGGCAAGAAUAUAGAAGGGCUGAAGGAUAGGAUCCUUGAUAUAUCUCGCAGUACAGAAACUUAUGGUAUAAGAAACUCUAGCAACAUAGACAGGAGCAGCAGUUUGACAGAAAGAUUCAGACAGAUAAGAAGGACCUCCUCCAAUUCUAGCAAAGAGCAGGUUGUUGGUUUUGAGGAGAACGCAAGGGUAUUAGUCAACCAACUUCUUAAAGAUGAGCUGCAACGAUGUGUGAUUUCAAUAUUAGGAAUGGGUGGGUUGGGCAAAACAACUCUUGCUCGGAAGCUCUAUAACUCUAAUGAUAUAAAAGGAAGAUUUGAUUGCCAGGCAUGGGUUUGUGUAACUCAGGAGUACACGACACGGGAUCUUCUUCAGAAAACAAUAAAAUCCUUUCAGAAGCCCACAAAAGAAAUCUUGGAAAUGAUGGAAAUGAUGACCGAAGAGGACUUGGAACAACAUCUCUACAAGUUCUUGGAAAGGCGGCGAUACUGUGUGGUUAUUGAUGAUGUAUGGCAUAAAGAAGCCUGGGAAAGCUUGAGAAGAGCCUUCCCUGACAAUGAAAACAGAAGUAGAGUAAUAAUAACAACACGCAACAAGGCUGUAGCGAGGAUAACAGAUGAGAAUAACCAUGUUUACCAACUCCAAUUUUUGAAGCAAGAGGAAAGUUGGAAACUGUUUUGUGAGAAUGCAUUUCCAGAUAAUACUGAUGGUCAGAAAAGUAGAUGUCCUCCAGGACUAGAGAAGUUGGGAAGGGAAAUGGUGGAAAAGUGUGGCGGUUUGCCUCUUGCAAUCGUAGUUUUGGGUGGAUUGCUGUCAAGAAAACAGCCACAAGAAUGGCAUACAGUGAAGAACCGUCUAUGGUGGCAUUUGACAAGAGAUUUGGAUCAUGUUUCAUCAAUAUUAGCCUUGAGCUACUAUGAAUUGCCAUAUCAGUUGAAGUCCUGUUUUCUCUAUUUAAGCAUUUUUCCUGAAGACUAUGUGAUUGACACUGAAAAACUUGUCCGGUUGUGGAUAGCAGAGGGGUUUAUUCCGCAAGAAGAAGAAGAAAUGGAGGAUGUUGCUGAAGAAUACUUGAAAGAGCUCAUUGACAGAAGUAUGAUUCAAAUAGCUGAAAGAUCUCUGGACAAGGUUAAAGCUUGUCGGAUCCAUGAUCUUAUACGAGAACUCGCAAUCAGAAAAGCUAAGACACUAAAUUUUCUUGAUGUCUACGAUGGCAAAAUAAACUCAUCACCCUUUUCUACUUCGUUAAGUCGGCGACAAGCUGCUCAUUCUGGGAACACAAAAUAUGUUUCAUCAGUCCAUUCUACUCCACUGCUUCGAUCAGUUUUGUUUUUCAAUCCUGAUCGUGAGACUCUCUUUGUAAAGCAUCUGAAAGUUAUAUGCUUCAAACUCAGAUUACUAAGGGUGCUAGAUCUUGAGGAUACAAGAAUUGAACCCUCCAGUACAAAAGGAAAUGUUUUGAUGUUGCCAGAUGCAAUGGGAAAGCUGAUUCACCUGAGGUAUUUCGGGUUCAAAAGCAGUAGCAUAGUGGAGUUCCCAUCAUCCAUAAGACACUGGAGGAGCCUAAUUGCCCUGGUUGCAACUGGUAAUUCUCCCUGCAAGCUACCUACUGAUAUAGCUAAGCUUCAUCAGUUAAGACACCUCAUAGCAUGUCCUCAUGGAAACCUUCACGUCAGCGCUUUAACAAGCCUCCAGACUCUGAGGUAUGUAAAUUAUCGACAAUGGGUUGAAAUUGAUGCAGCAAAUCUAAUUAAUCUGCGAGAGUUGGAGAUUCGGGAGAUACCUUAUGCAGAUAUGAAGUCCAUUUGGCAAUUAAAACGCCUACAAUCUUUAACAUUGCAGACAAAAACAUCCUUUGUUAACCUGCAUCUCCUUUCUCAAUGUCAACAUCUCAUCAAACUGAAGUUGGAGGGAAAAAUAGAUGAUCUUCCGGGGAACAGGGAUGAAUUUCCACCAAAUCUCACAAUCUUGAUUUUAUAUGGCUCAGCACUGAAGGAAGAUCCAAUGCCAAUACUAGAACACUUGCCAAGCUUGAGUAUUCUUGACAUGGGAAAAAACUCAUUCCUAGGAUACAAAAUGGUUUUCUCUGAAACAGGAUUUUCUCAACUCCAAGUUCUACGGAUUUCUUGGUUGUGGCUCUUAGAGACGUUAGAGGUGGAGUCAGGAGCUAUGCCUAGACUCAAGCAUUUCAGCGUUGAAGAUUGCAAAAAUCUAACGACAGUCCCUGAAAGAUUGAGGAUGCUUCCACUUCCCCAAGAAUGGUAAUGCAACCAUAUGUCUCUGGCCAAGGCAUCAAUGGGCACUUGGCCUCAUAUAGGCUACAAGGCUCAGUUGCACAUCACAACAGUCAACUUUCAGCUAUUUCUCUUCCUGUUGCCACUUCUAUUGAUUCUCUUAAUAGCUUCUUAUUCUUCCGGUGGAAGUUACGGCUUCCGGCUACCACGGCUCAACCGUGGACCGAUGUACCAGUCGGCUGCAGGGGGCAUCCCAUGGGGAAUUGUCAGCCUAGUGGUGGUGCUUCUGGUUUUGGUCUCUUAUCAGUCUUCAUUUCAUUCAAAGUGGCUUGGAGGAAGUUAAGUUAGUUAUAUUGUAAGACACAAAAUUAUGAAGUUGUACUUGUAUUGAUGUAUUGAGUCACAUAAAUUUAAUUAAAUUUUACAUAGUUUGAAUGUUUUAAUAGUGUAAUUAA